AAUAAAAUAAAAUAAAAUAAAGGACCAGUAGAUUUUGGUCUGUUGUUUUCUUGUUCUAUACUAAAUUUGGCCUCACCUGCGGCAACGAAGGAGGUUUGAAUAUCUAUAACUGGAGCAAUACUAACUCUAGUGUCUGCGCUGAGAAGUUAUUAUUCAACUGUGCUGUUCCUAUUACAGAAAUUGCAAAUAGCACUCGAACCCGUGGGGCUUUCUUGGAGCUGAAUGUGUCUUUGAUGAUUAAUGAUUCCACUUCCUAUGAUAAUUAUCCUGGAAUACUCACUACGGGAAACAAGUGGAUUAGUGGAAGUAUCAUCAUUUGUGUUAGGUUAUGAUUCUUUUGUUUGUCAAGUACCACCACAAGAAGAUUAUAGGAAACAGAAGAACACCAACAAAACGGGAGAAUUCCAUUAAGUUAUCCUAUUCUAGACAAGUUCAAGUAUAUUUCAAGCCAAGAGAGGUGCGAGUAAUCCAAGUCAGCUAGUAAAUAUCAUGCGCAGGCUUGAGUCUGAUGGAACACCUUAUAACUAUGCCUCAGCGUUCAAGGGUGCAAAAGUGGUGGCUCAUAACAAGGAAGCGAAGGGAGCAAGCAAUGUACUGGAAAGGAUCAUGAUAAGUAUCUCAGAAAACCAGUGUUUGGUUGGUGGGGAGUUCUUUAUAAUUGAGCUUGCAGAUUAAACUUUGGUCGAUGCUGUCAAAAUUGCGAUUUUUGAGCAUUAUUCAUCUAAUUUUAAAGAUUUUGAGUUAUCCUGGAGUUUGGUGUAUCCAACUGAGACAUGGAAUUCCCUGGGGAUGUUUGUUGCUGCAAAUGUCAAGCAUGCUCAAUGCUUUAAGCUGCCUGAACCAAAAUUGGUUAGAUAUUUGGACGUGGAUUUACCCAGUCAUUAUGGUUCAGAAUUUUACUGUACAUUAAGUGUUGUAGAGGUGAAUGGAGUUGAUGCAAUUGAACAUAUGCUUGAGUAUCUUAUUGUUAUUUCUGGUUCUGGGGAGUCUUCUACCGUCCCCAUGCCUGUGACACUGCCAGAACCAGGCUCCAGCAAGUGUGAAGCAGAUGAUGUUUCUCGUAACGUGAGUGUGAGUGACGCUGCCAAUAGGGGAAUAGAAAAUGCUACGAAAGGACAAAAGCUUAAUGCAGAUCCAAAGAAACCGACCACUAGCAGCAUCCUUGGUAAAGGGUAGGCAACAACCCAAUGGCAGAUUGCAUGCGGAUGCUGCUCUAAAAUAUUGUUGCAGAGGGUCAGAUCGCUUGAGUUGAACUUUUCAGUGCUUGAGGAGUACAUCAUGGAACUUAACAGAAGGCAGGGGGUUGUUUUUCCCAAGCUUGACAAAGAGGUAGUGACAUUUACAUCUCUUCUGGAGUUUCAAAUUGGAGAUCAAGAAUCUCAUGGAAUGUAAAGAAAUAGUGAUGCGUACGACCUUUUAAUUAGCUACACGAGAAAUUUUUGUAGGUUUUGUUUUUAACUCAUUCGCGUUAUAUUUCUUUCAUUAAUGAAAAAAUGCUGACCCUGAAACCUGGAAAGCUUUCAUUUCA